AUGGAGUUUCCCAGAAGCCUCGACGUCUACAGAGACGACAAUCUCAUCAUCCAGGAUUAUGACGGUAUAUUUGCUCUCCCACGUCCGCUGCCACCUCUUUCCACUGACACACUUGUCAAAUGCAUCUUCGACGCCUACAGGAACAGUAUCAAGGUGCGCCUCAUGGCUCUCACCGACAUCACCCCCUGCCUUUGUAUAGUGGGCCCGAUUGAGAGUAUUGAAGCUGGUAUGGUGGCGAUGGUGGUCACUUCGGAAGUGGAGUACUACAAGUUGCUGAGGAGCAAUCCUGGAGACAGUCAGCCAAGAUCAGACGCUUUGUCGAUUUUUUCCUUGUACAAGGAUUCGUUUAAUUUGAUCGAGAAUGCCGGGACUGUUAUUCUGGCCUGGAGAUUCUAUGGAGUUGAUGAUUCUCCUUUCAUGGAUCGCCAAGGUAAGGUGUUGCCUCUCAGAGCCAAUACACAUCCUGACCUCUCUUAUCCAUCCCUGCAGUCUUCGACUCCACAGGGUGGGAACAGCGAUGCAGCUGAAAUCAAGACUAUCCGACUCGAAUUAGUACAAGCAAGAGCAGAGGCGCUGAACAACAGGAUACUCAAUGAGUACAUGCAGGCGAAGUGGUUGACAACCAUUCGUGAUGCCGAAGACCAAGUAAGCGAGAGACGUACCGCCGAGCUGAUCAAGAAGUGCAUCGCGAAAAGGUUUGAACAGGCACAGAAGAAAGAGGGGAAGCCGCAAAAGAUUGUUAGGUUGGCUACGGAGAAGCACAUUGACAGCAAGGCGGAAGAGAUGACCAAGGAUAAGGAUGAAGAAGCAACGAGACCGUUUACAAAGUAUGACUAUGAGGUUUUCGUCCGGGCUUUUUUUGAUGCUAUUCACGCGAUCCAGAAGGAUGAGGAGAAAGUGGUGAAAGGAAAGUAA